AUGCCAGUGUCCAACUUCUCAACAAAGGAAAAAUACACCUACCUCAACGGCUUUGGUUCCUAUCAUGAAUCAGAAGCCAUUGAAGGCGCCCUGCCGGUGGGGCAGAACUCUCCACAGAAGCCCCCCUACGGCCUCUACGCUGAGAAGCUCUCGGGAACAGCUUUCACAGCCCCGCGCCACGAAAACCAGCAAUCUUGGCUCUACCGCAUCUUACCGUCAGCUGCCCAUGAGCCAUUCAAAGAAGUAGAUCCCACCACCUACCACACCAGCCUGAAAAAGGAUACCCACUCGAUCAAGCAGAUCCCCAACCAGCUGCGAUGGAGCCCAUUCGACCUCGACGAGCAUGUGGACUGGGUGCGUGGAUUGCAUCUCAUUGCCGCCGCGGGCGACCCGAGCAUGAAAUCCGGACUGGGAAUCAUGCUCUUCGCUGCCGGGAAGGAUAUGGGCAAUGAGGCAUUUUAUUCUGCCGAUGGUGACUUUCUGAUCGUCCCCCAACAUGGCGUGCUGGAUAUCCAGACUGAAUUCGGCCAUCUUCUCGUCCGCCCAAACGAGAUCUGCGUCAUCCCCCGUGGUGUCAAAUACCGCGUCACCCUCCCCUCCGGCCCCGUCCGCGGCUACAUCUGCGAACUCUACCAGGGCCACUUCCAGCUGCCCGAACUAGGCCCUAUAGGCUCCAACUGCCUCGCCAACGCCCGCGACUUCCAAGCCCCCACCGCCUCCUUUAUCGACGACGAGGGCAAAUGCAACAACCUCAAGGGAUGGUCCAUCCUCUCCAAGUUCAACAACUCCCUCUUCAUCGCCCGCCAGAAACACACCCCCUUCGACGUAGUCGCCUGGCACGGCACCUACUACCCCUACAAAUACGACCUGGGUCGCUUCAACACCAUCGGCUCCAUCUCCUACGACCACCCAGACCCGUCCAUCUUCACCGUCCUCACGGGCCCGUCGGACCAUGCGGGCACCGCCAUCGCGGACUUUGUCAUCUUCCCGCCCCGCUGGCUGGUGGCGGAAGGCACCUUCCGUCCCCCCUGGUACCAUCGGAAUACCAUGUCGGAAUUCAUGGGGUUGAUUUGCGGUGACUACGAUGCGAAGAGUGGGGAUGGCUUCAGGCCCGCGGGGGGUAGUCUGCACAACGUUAUGAGCGCGCAUGGGCCGGAUGCGAUGACGCAUGAGGCCGCGAGCAAUGCGCCGUUGCUGCCGAAGAAGGUUGGGGAAGGGAGCUUGGCAUUUAUGUUUGAGAGUACGUUGAUGGUGGGUGUUUCUGAGUGGGGGCUCAAAACGUGCCAGAAGGUGCAGGAGGAUUACAACAAUGAGAGUUGGACACCGCUGAAGAGGCAUUUCCAGAAUCCUAACAAGCAGAAAUAG